AUGGAACAUGAGGCUGCCCAGCUAGAAAAGCAGCACGUGCAUAGUGUGUAUGAAAAUACGGCUGCCUACUUUAAUGAUCUGCAGAGCAAAGCAUGGCCUCGUGUUCGAAACUUUCUGCUGGAGCAAAAGCCUGGCAGUCUCAUUGCUGACAUCGGUUGUGGAACUGGAAAGUAUCUCAGUGUCAACAGCCAGGUGUAUAAUCUCGGCUGUGAUUACUGUGGACCAUUGGUAGAGAUUGCAAGGAAGAAAGAUGGUGAAGUUCUGAUAUGUGACAAUCUUAACCUUCCCUUUAGGGACCAAUGCUUCAAUGCAGUCAUUUCCAUUGGAGUGAUCCAUCAUUUCUCAACUAAACAAAGAAGAAUCAAAGCAAUAAAGGAAAUGACAAGGGUAUUGGUACCUGGAGGCCAGAUGAUGAUUUAUGUUUGGGCUAUGGAACAAAAGAAUCGUCGCUUUGAGAAACAAGAUGUAUUUGUUCCUUGGAACAAGGCCUUGUGCUCACGGCAUUUUUCAGAAUCGAAUCAAUCUAGAGAUAAGGGUGAGUUCAUGCAUGCUGUAAAAAGUCGAGAUGUACACCCUUCCCAGCUUGUCAUCUCUGAUUGCAGCUACCAAGCCAAUCUGCAGCCAGAAACUGAUCCAAAACAUUCCUACGAUGCAGACCAUUGCUUAUCCAGAGCCUGCUGCAUGAAAAUUUCUGAAGAAGAAAACAGAUUUUACAGUGCUCUAGGAAGAUCUUUUCGUUCGUGGUUUUUCUCCAGAUCACUCGAUGAAUCAGCCCUGAGAAAGCAAACUGACAGAAUGAAGCCUCUGAAGAAUGAAGGAGAAUGGGCACACAGUGCUGUGCCCAUUCAGCAUUUGCGACACUGCAGUUUGGAUUUAGGUCACCAUGGGGCACUGUUAAAGGAACAAAGUUUAGAUGAUGACGAUGUGUUUGUGGAAAGCCUGCCUCUCAAAAAACCAGAGUGCUCACCAGCCAUAGAUGCACUGAAGGAUUUAAGAUUAAAUGGAGGACACCAAAGUGUAGCUCAGAGCAAGAGUGAAGAAGCUGCAUUCAUAAGUGGUCCAGUGGAAGACUACAGCUGUGGUUGUAGUAAAGAUGGUGCUGGUAAGUCUGAUGCCAGCAAAUUUUUCAAAAGAACUUCAACAAUUGACUCCACUGACUCUGCUUUGGAUUCAGCAGUGUCUGUUGGGGACCAGACUGAGGCCACGCUGGAUACAAAAGCCUUCAUGCGUUAUUAUCAUGUUUUUCGGGAAGGGGAGCUGAGCUCCCUGGUUGAAGAGAAUGUGCCUGAGCUUCAGAUACUUUCUUCCUGCUAUGACCAUGGAAACUGGUGCGUUAUUGCAGAGAAAAGAGGAACGUAG